UCGACUCUGUAGGAGCAGUCCUUGGGUUCACUCUUAUAGAAGACGAUCUUCAUCAACCAGGUUAAUUGGUUUAGGGGAUUUCUCUGUCUUGGUGCAAACGUCUUCAUUGCAGCUUCACAAGAACUCUUUCAGGUCUUCUUUCAUCAAUGACUUUUGGAUUAAUCACUCAUCUCCUCGGUUUUCUAUUCCUGUUGCUACCACUCCUUAGCGUCAGCCAAACUUAUCGUAACAUAAGCUUGGGUUCAUCUCUAUAUGCUGCCAACGAUAACUACUCUUCAUGGACCUCACCUUCUGGCGAGUUUGCCUUUGGCUUCCAGGCCAUAGGUACAAGAGGUUUCUUGCUUUCCAUUUGGUUCAACAAAUUACCUGAUAAAACCAUAGUCUGGUCUGCUAAUCGAGAUAAGUUGGUGCAACGAGGAUCAAAAAUUGAGCUGACAACAGAUGGGCGCCUGGUCCUCAAUGACUCCCAAGGUCGAGAGGUAUGGAAUGCCAGCCUGAUCAACAUGGAGAGAGCAAGCUACGCAGCCAUGCUUGACAGUGGAAACUUUGUGCUAGCAAACCAAAACUCUACUAGCAUAUGGGAGACCUUUGAUAUACCAACUGACACCAUACUCCCUACACAGACAUUAAAUAAAGGGAGUCGUCUUGUUUCUCGUCGAUCAGAAACAGACUUUUCAAGUGGGAGGUUCCAACUCCGUUGGCAGGAUGAUGGUAGUCCCACACUUUGCAGAGUAGCUUUCCCAACAGAUAAGGUUUAUAAUGCUUACUGGAAAAUUAAAGCAACAAAUACAAGUGUUGGGUUGGUCUUCAAUGAGACUGGUAAAAUUUUCCUUGCAGAAAUACAUCAAAGUACAGUAAUAAAUCCAUCAGAAAAUGGUACAACAAGAGACUCCUAUCAGAGAGCCACACUUGAUUUUGAUGGAGUUUUCAGGCAUUAUGUCUACCCAAAAACCAUCUCCAAAAGUGACCGAAGAUCUCCCUAUUCCUGGUCCCCUGUUUGGUUCGUACCUGAAAAUAUCUGCACAGCAAUUUUUGGGCCCUAUGGCAGUGGCGCUUGUGGGUUUAAUAGCUAUUGCAUACUAGAUGAGAACAAGAAACCUAAUUGUGAAUGCCCGCCUGGGUACACCUUGAUAGAUCCUAACAACAAGUGGAACGGCUGUAAACAGAACUUUGUUUCACAAAGGUGUGAAGAAGGAUCUCAAGAAGCUUCUCUUUAUGACAUGAUACCAAUGGUUAACACCGAUUGGCCAUUGUCCGAUUCUGAGGACUUCUCACCAGUGGAUGAAAAUUGGUGCACACAAACAUGCUUGAACGAUUGUUUCUGCGCAGUUGCCAUUAUUAGAGAUGGACAUUGUUGGAAAAAGAAGCUUCCAAUGGGAAUGGGAAGGACUGACCCAUCUGUUGGGGGAAAAGCUCUGAUCAAAGUCCCCAAAGGUUAUUCUUCCUUACGGCAAUCUCCAGGUAUGGGUUUAUCAGAAAAGAAACAUCAAACGCGUUUGAUCCUUAUAGGAUCAUUCCUUAUAGGAUGCUCUCUGUUUCUACUACUGCUAGCUAUUUCUCUGGUAACUUACCACUUAUAUCGUAAGAGACAACAGAAAUCUCAGCCACAUCAAGCCAUGCCAGCUUUGAAUGUACGAAAUUUUACUUUCAAAGAGUUGGAAGAAGCUACAGAAGGAUUUAACAAUCUUAUUGGUUCUGGUGCUUUUGCAACAGUUUACAAAGGAACCUUCGUAGUUGAUAAUAAGGUAAACUUCGUUGCAGUAAAGAAGCUAGACAAGUUGGUGAAGGAAAACCAGAAGGAAUUUGAUGCCGAAGUGAGUGCAAUAGGUACAACGAAUCACAAGAAUUUAGUCCAACUACUAGGAUUUUGUAACGAGGGAGAACAUUAUCUUCUAGUAUACGAGUUCAUGAACAAUGGUUCUUUAGCAACCUUUCUCUUUGGGAGCUCAAAGCCUGAUUGGAACCAAAGAGUUCGAAUUGCAUUCGGAAUUGCAAGUGGGCUCGCAUACCUGCAUGAAGAGUGCAACACCCAAAUUAUCCAUUGCGACAUCAAGCCUCAAAACAUCCUUCUAGAUGAUUCUUUUACAGCAAGAAUCUCUGAUUUUGGGUUGGCAAAGCUUUUGAAGGUUGAUCAGACCCAAACUAACACAGACGUCAGAGGGACCAAAGGCUAUGUUGCUCCUGAAUGGUUCAAUAAUAGGACCAUUACAUCCAAGGUAGAUGUUUAUAGCUAUGGAGUCAUGUUGCUAGAGAUUCUUUGUUGCAGGAGGAAGAUUGAACCGCAACAAGAUGAUGAAAACAAGGUCAUACUGAUGGACUGGGCUUAUGAGUGCUACAUGGAAGGGAAACUUGAUAAGUUGGUGGAGAAUGACGAUGAUGCAAUGGACGACAAGAAGAGGUUGGAGAAGUUUGUAAGGAUUGCAAUGUGGUGCAUCCAGGAGGAUCCAUCACGAAGACCCACCAUGAAGAAGGUCACACAAAUGCUUGAAGGAGCCAUUGAAGUUCUUGUCCCUCCCAUGAACCCUUCCUCAUCCAUUAAUUAGUUCAAUUAUCUCAAGCAGCACCCGCAAUAAUAAACAUAUAUGUAUUAAUAAAGUGCCUGGUCUUGUUUGUUUACUAAUCUAGCCAAACAAAUCAGAGUCAGGAUCUCCUACCCACACUUACCCAUGCUUCAUUUACUGCUGUAAAUUGAGAACAUCUCCCGUAUUUGCAUGUUACCAUUCAUGGGGAGAUGUUCCCAAUGUACAGCUAUAGUGUCAUAUGUGUGUGCGGACUAGUUUGUUUACUAUAGUACUAUAGGCAAACAAAUCACUCUUGUCAUCAAUUGAACACUAUAAGGUUACUACCUCUUUUUCUCU